AUGAAAUACGCUCAGCUAGUGAUGGGACCCGCUGGGAGUGGGAAGUCGACGUAUUGUUCUGUUAUCCACAAUCAUUGUACAAAUGUUGGAAGAACUGUUCAUAUAGUCAAUCUUGAUCCGGCCGCUGAAAGGUUCAAUUAUCCCACCAUUGCAGAUGUCAGAGAUUUGAUAAGUGUAGACGAUGUGUUACAAGAUGAAGAGCUUGUUAUGGGACCCAAUGGUGCAUUAGUUUUCUGUAUGGAAUAUUUAGCUCAAAACUUGGAAUGGUUACAUGAUGCUAUAAACGAAGGAGAAGAUGAAUACUUCAUAUUCGAUUGUCCUGGACAGAUAGAGUUAUAUUCCCAUCUACCAGUAAUGCGAACCAUAGUUGAUGCACUAAGAUCAUGGGAUUUCAAUGUAUGCUCUGUUUUUCUAAUUGAUACACAUUUCGUACUAGAGGCUGAAAAGUUUAUUGCUGGAGCGUUAACUGCCCUCUCAGCUAUGGUUUCGAUAGAAACACCCGCAGUUAACAUAUUAACUAAGAUAGAUUUGUUGUCAGAACGAAACAAGCAGCUCGUUGAAGAUUUUCUCGAAACUGAUACUCGGAGCAUAGUUGAUUUAGAUUCAACUCAUUCUUGGAAUGAACGUCAUAGAAACUUAACCAGAGCAAUCGCUCAGGUUCUCGAAGACUAUUCGAUUGUGAAGUUUGUUCCUUUAAAUGUUGAUGAUGAUGAGAGUGUUGAACAAUUAUUACUGGUUAUUGAUACAACUAUCCAAUAUGGGGAAGAUUUGGAGGUGAGAGAUCGGUACCCAGAAGAAAUAGAUGAAGACUAA